AUGAGCGAGUGGGACAAAAGAGCACAUGCCAAGAAGUGGGCGCCUUUACAAAUAAGGAGAUUCCCCCACAUUCUUCAGCAAGGGGGACAAAGGAAUUGGGUGACCUCAGGGGUAGUCAAGCCACAUACUCCCUUAAUUAAGUUCCCGGACAGAAAAAGCAUCCCCAAGCCUAAAUUGCAAGAGUCCCUACAAGCAAGUGUGCCAUCACACCAUGCUUCCAAAGCACAGGAGUCCCUGGGAGGCAGAUCACCCGCCUUUCAGAAUAUGUCACCUGUUAGGAGAGUACAAGGGGCGCCGGACAGUUCGGAGUUAGCAAGAACCUUACCUCAGAAAUACAGAAGGAAACUUAUGUCAGAGGAAGAGAUAGAAUACAUUCAACGUGGAGGUCCUGAAUAAGCGUGAAGCACCGGAGAUAGUUUGUUCACCACUGUUGAAGAACGAAGUAUUCUAUUCACAACAAAAGCAUCUCCUUAAUGUUAUAAAUGAUUAUCUAUUAAUAGCUUUAAUAAAUACCCUGUAUGAAGGGUGAGAAGGUUGCCACAUAAUACACUA